CAGCUGUGUGGCCGAUUCGCUUCGAAUGGCAGCUGUUGCAACUAUUUUGGUUUGGUUCUUUUCCGAUCUUAUUUAUAUAUAGAACACCGCACGUUGAAUUUUCUCACUCAGAGUGCCCAUUUUUCCGCUAACCAUCUGUAUCUGUAUUUAUUUUUGUGUGUGUUCGAAAGCGAUCGAGAAGUUUCUGGCAACCGAAAUUUUACAAAAAAUUGUGCAACCAUGACGAAUACCAUCAGCGAGGAAGUAUCCGAUGCCGGCAGCUACAAAAAUAAGGGCAACGAGGCUUUCAAGGCCUCCCGCUGGGAGGAGGCAGUGCAGCACUAUGGGAGUGCCAUAAGGACAGGCUCCAAGCACAAGGAGCUGCCAGUUUUCUACAAAAAUCGUGCUGCUGCAUAUUUGAAGUUGGAAAAGUAUGAAAAAGCCGUGGAGGACUGCACGGAAUCGUUGAACGCGGCUCCUGGGGAUCCCAAAGCUCUAUUUCGCAGGGCGCAAGCCUAUGAGGCUCUAGAAAAGUUUGAAGAGGCCUACAAAGAUGCCACCGCUUUGUUUAAGGCGGAUCCCAGCAACAAGACCGUACAGCCCAUGCUCCAGAGACUUCAUAUCAUCGUGGAGGAGCGAGUGGCCCGUAAUGCCAAGACUUCCACGAAAGUCAAGCAGAUGAUGGACCUUACCUUUAACUUGGACACUCCCAUCGACAAGCGCCGUUCCGCAGCCAAUAACUUAGUAGUUUUGGCCAAGGAGCAGACUGGCGCCGAGCUGCUCUAUAAGGAUCACUGUAUCAACAAAAUAGCCUCCCUAACAAAGGUAGAAAAGGAUCAGGACAUCUAUGUGAACAUGGUGCGCGUGGUAGCAGCUCUUUGCGAAAAUAGCGUGGAGCGAACCAAAGGCGUUCUAACGGAACUGGGUGUACCCUGGUUUAUGAGGGUUCUCGACCAGAAACACGAGGAAUGUGUUGCCACCGCCCAGUUUUGCUUGCAAACAAUUCUAAAUGCUUUGUCCGGACUGAAAAACAAAACAGAAUCCAAGCCAGACAAGGAGUUGUGCUCGAAGAACAAUCGCGAAAUUGACACACUUCUCACGUGUCUGGUUUAUAGCAUUACAGAUCGCACCAUUUCCGGAUCGGCUAGGGAUGCUGUUAUUGAGCUGAUCACCAGAAAUGUUCAUUACACUGCUCUAGAGUGGGCAGAGCGCCUGGUAGAGAUCAGGGGUCUAUGCCGUCUUUUAGACGUGUGUUCGGAACUAGCGGACUAUAAGUAUGAAAGUGCCAUGGACAUCACCGGUUCCUCAUCCACGAUUGCUUCCGUUUGUCUGGCCCGCAUCUAUGAGAACAUGUACUACGAUGAGGCUAAGCUGAAGUUUACGGACCAGAUCGAUGAGUACAUUAAGGACAAGCUUAUGGCGCCCGACAUGGAGUCCAAAGUACGGGUCACUGUUGCGAUUACUGCUCUGCUGAACGGUCCUUUGGAUGUGGGCAAUCAGGUUGUGGCCAGAGAUGGCAUCCUCCAAAUGAUACUAGCCAUGGCCACCACCGACGAUGAGCUGCAGCAGCGAGUGGCCUGCGAAUGUCUUAUCGCCGCUUCUUCUAAAAAGGACAAGGCCAAGGCUCUUUGCGAACAGGGUGUUGAAAUCUUGAAGAGGCUCUACCACUCUAAGAACGAUGCGGUUCGAGUUCGCGCCUUGGUGGGCCUUUGCAAGCUGGGGAGUUAUGGUGGCCAGGAUGCGGCCAUCCGUCCAUUUGGCGAUGGAGCCGCUCUAAAAUUGGCGGAGGCAUGUCGUCGGUUUCUGAUUAAGCCUGGAAAGGACAGGGAUAUCCGUCGAUGGGCAGCGGAUGGUCUGGCUUAUUUGACACUUGAUGCUGAAUGUAAGGAAAAGCUAAUUGAGGACACGGCUUCCAUUCACGCACUUAGGGACUUGGCCCGCGCUGGAGACCAGUCCUGUCUUUAUGGUGUGGUCACCACUUUUGUAAAUCUGUGCAAUGCUUAUGAGAAGCAGGAGCUAUUGCCAGAGAUGGUUGAGCUAGCCAAAUUUGCUAAACAACACAUACCGGAGGAGCACGAGCUUGAUGAUGUGGAUUUUAUCAACAAGCGUAUUACAGUGCUGGCAAAUGAGGGCAUAACAACUGCUUUGUGUGCUUUAGCCAAAACAGAGAGUCAUAAUUCCCAGGAGCUGAUUGCCAGAGUCUUGAAUGCAAUUUGUGGAUUGAAAGAGCUACGUGGAAAAGUGGUUCAAGAAGGAGGAACUAAGGCGCUUCUUCGCAUGGCGCUGGAAGGUACAGAAAAGGGCAAACGCCAUGCCAGUCAGGCAUUGGCCAGGAUUGGCAUAACGAUCAACCCUGAGGUGGCUUUCAGCGGUCAAAGAUCCCUUGAUGUAAUUCGUCCUUUGUUAAACCUGCUCCAGCAGGACUGCACGGCGUUGGAAAACUUUGAAUCCCUAAUGGCGCUUACUAAUCUGGCCAGCAUGAACGAAAGUGUGCGCCAGAGGAUCAUCAAGGAGCAGGGCGUGUCCAAGAUUGAAUUCUAUUUAAUGGAGGAUCAUCUUUACCUUACACGGGCAGCUGCCCAAUGUCUGUGUAAUUUGGUGAUGAGCGAAGAUGUGGUGAAAAUGUUUGAGGGCGAGAACGAUCGGGUAAAAUUCUUGGCACUGCUCUCCGAGGAUGAGGACGAGGAGACGGCCACGGCCUGUGCAGGAGCUCUGGCCAUGCUUACAUCGGUGUCCGUUAAGUGCUGUGAGAAAAUCUUGGGCAUUGCUAGCUGCCUGGACAUUUUGCACACUCUAAUCGCUAACCCCAGUCCGGCAGUUCAGCACCGUGGCAUUGUGGUGAUCCUAAACAUGAUAAAUUCUGGCGAGGAAAUCGCCAAAAAGCUUUUCGAGACGGACAUCAUGGAGCUGCUGAGCGGCUUGGGCCAAUUGCCGGAUGAAACGCGAGCCAAAGCCCGGGAGGUGGCCAUCCAGUGUCUGGCGGCAGCGGAGCGUUAUCGGAUCAUCGAGCGGUCCGACGAUGUAGAGAUCCCCGACGUGUUCGCCGAGAGUGCCAAGAUAACUGAGAUUAUCGAUGACUGAACGAAUAUUGUUUUGCACUCUAACCAUUCUGUGCCUUUUGUUUCUCCCUCAUUUUUCUUCUUUGAUAUACUCACCGUGUCAUCCCGAAACUUAAUUUAUUUUCAGCAAAAUAUCAAGUACACCCAAAUUGUUUUAUAAAUAUUGUACGAAUUUUUAAUUAAUUUCAAAAGAAAGUUUUUCGUUUUUGGAGGUAAUAAAUUUUACAGUUAAUGGGAAUAAAUUUUAUUCUCGUAACAAUAAUUUAAGAAGGAA